AAUGUCUAAAGACGACAAGGAUAUAAAAAUACCAAUUGUCGAUAAAGAAUUGGAUCUAUCAAAUGCUGGACGAGGUGUUUGGUUGGUUAAGGUACCCAAAUAUAUAGCACAAAAAUGGGAGAAAGCUCCCUCAAAUAUGGACGUGGGCAAACUGCGAAUUAGCAAAACACCCGGCCAAAAGGCACAAGUAUCAUUGAGUUUAUCACAGGCCGUUGUGAAAUUGGAUCCACAGGAAGAAAUACCCACCGAACAUAUACUUGAUGUUUCUGUCGUGACCAAACAGACAUUGGGAGUAUUUUCACAUAUGGUACCACCUGAAUCGAGCAGUGGCAGCAGCAGUAAAGAGUCGUCGGCUAGCACACAGGGCUCCGAGAAGUUAUACAUGGAAGGUAGAAUAGUACAAAAACUAGAAUGUAGACCAAUUGCAGAUAAUUGUUAUAUGAAGCUAAAAUUGGAAUCUAUACGCAAGGCAUCGGUACCCGUGCGAAAAGUGCAACCAAUCGAUAAGAUUGUUCAGAACUUUAAACCUGUUAAGGAUCAUGCUCACAAUAUCGAAUAUCGGGAACGCAAAAAAGCCGAGGGUAAAAAGGCCCGUGACGAUAAGAAUGCUGUUAUGGACAUGUUGUUCCUUGCCUUUGAAAAACAUCAAUACUAUAACAUUAAGGAUUUGGUGAAAAUAACAAAACAACCAAUUGGUUAUUUGAAAGAAAUCCUCAAGGAAGUUUGUGAUUAUAAUAUGAAAAAUCCACACAAAAAUAUGUGGGAAUUGAAAAAGGAAUAUCGCCAUUAUAAGACUGAUGACAAGAAAGAUGAGGACAAAGCCGGAUCGGAUAGUGAUUCGGAUUAGUA